UAAAAGCCUAGAAGGGGCGGAGCCGCCAAUUGGUGAUUUCUUAGGGCUGUAAAUGGCGUCCAUUUGCUUAUCUUUCUUCAAAAUUCUUCCACCUUCAUUGAAUUCAACUUCAACGCCGUCUUCAUCAUGCCUUCAGUGUUCAUCUUUCACUAAACCCAUGUUCAUGCCUUGUCGGGAGGCGGCGCUUUUCAAUGGCGGACUAGCUGGAACCUCUAGAAGGCAAAGCCAUUUGGUUCGUAUGGCUCCCGAUGAAGAGAAACUAACUCGACGGAAUCCCCUCGAUUUCCCCAUCGAAUGGGAUAGACCCAAGCCUGGAAGGAGGCCAGAUAUAUUUCCUCAAUUUAGCCCAAUGAAGACACCAUUGCCACCACUUCCAAUGCCAUAUGAUCCUCCUGAAGAAGACGAAGAGGAAGAAAAGAAAGAGGAGGAAGAAGAAGACCCCGAAAAUGAAGAGCAGGACAAGCCCGAUAACAAGUAAUCCUCCAUGUUAUCCAAAGUUCUUGAAUUAAUGUUGUUUGAAUAUGCAUGAAAAUGAAUAUUGUUUUUCUCCUAAGAUUCAUCAAUGUUAUCUUCACUUGAAUUUUUUGCUACUAAAUUUUCUGCUAUAUAUGAAGAUGGGUAUUUUUGUUGAGUA